AUGGAGUCGAGGUACGCCAAAGUUCAUCAAUCACCAAAGGGCCCAGGUGAUGCACGUCCUACCGCGCUCCAAAUUGUCAAAGACGCAGGCCGUGAAAACACCUUGGCCGGUAAAGUUAUCCUGAUCACAGGUUGCUCAUCCGGCUUAGGCAUCGAGACUGCACGCGCACUCUUCCAGACCGGAGCAACAUUAUACCUUACUGCUCGCGAUCUAGAGAAGGCAAAGUCUGCAUUGAGUGAUCUAGUGGAAAGUCCGCGAGUUCAUCUUUUGCACCUUGAUUUGAACUCCCUGAAAUCUGUGCAUGCAUGCGCUGUGGAGUUUCUGUCGCAGUCUGAAACUCUGAACAUUCUGAUCGAGAAUGCUGGCGUGAUGGCGUGCCCUGAAGGCAGAACAGCGGAUGGAUUUGAACUCCAGUUUGGAACAAACCAUCUUGGCCACUUUUUGCUGUUUGAUCUUCUCAAAUCCCGUCUCCUCUCUUCAUCUACCCCGAGUUUCAAUUCUCGAGUUGUCAUUGUUGCUUCCAGUGCCCACCGUGUCUCCUCCGUUCAUUUCGACAAUCUUAGUCUAGACGGCGAGUAUGAGGCUUGGAAGGCCUAUGGGCAGAGUAAAACUGCCAACAUUUGGACAGCGAACGAAAUCGAGAGAAGAUACGGUGCUCAGGGUCUCCAUGCUUUCAGCUUGCAUCCUGGUGCCAUAGCGACAGAGCUUCUUCGUCAUAUAUCGGACGAACAGAAAGCCGACUGGGACAAGAAUGAGUUUCUGGCAAGCUAUUGGAAAAGCCCUGAGCAAGGCGCUGCAACUAGUGUUUGGGGAGCAGUUGCACGGGAAUUGGAAGGUACUGGAGGCAAAUACUUGGAUGACUGUCAAAUUGCACCUCCGGCCGACCCGUCAAAGCGACAUGGACCCGGGUAUGCGGCAUGGGCAUAUAGCCCUGAAAUGGAGACGAAACUGUGGGCCAAAACACUGGACCUGCUUUAUGUGCAAUGA